GUUUAAUCAGUUCUGCGGUUUAAUGCUAUUAUAUAUUGAUUUGCACCUACCUUGAGCUGACUUAUCCAGCGGUAUCGCCUGUGCCUUCAAACGUUGGUCAAUCACGUAUAACAUUUCAGAACCCAAAUUUAGGAUUAUAAAAAGCUCUAGCCAUGGACGCAUACGAUUUGUACUCAGCGGUAUGGAGGCGAAUUGUGAUAUCUGGCAAGGAAACUCAAGUGACUAGUGAUCUUAAAGCAUGUCGCACAAACAUCGAAAUUAUUAAUUAUGUCCACCAAAUAGUAAAAGAAUCCGGACUCAUGGACCAGAUACAAUUUAAGGAAGAUGCCAAAAAUGAAGCAAAAGCUAUCGUUUGCCGCAAAAAGGGUAACGAUUUUUUCAACCCGAAAAUCAAACGAUACAUCAAAGCAAUAGAGUGCUAUAAUGAGAGUAUUGCUCUGUGUGAACCAGGAUCAGAGGCAUUAGCUAUUGCUUAUGCUAAUAGAUCAGCGAUUUGCUUUGAAUUGAAAGAGUAUCGUGACUGCUUGGAGAAUAUUCGACUCGCGGAGGAAAAUCCCUAUCCUGGUCAUUUGAUACCCAAAUUGAACAAACGAAAAACGGAUUGUUUGAGCAUGUUAAACAAUAAUCUCGAUGAAUCCGAAGAACAAAAACAGCCGAAAUUGUGCAACAAACCAAACAGGUUAGUGCCACAUGUUUCCGACUGCUUGGAAUUGAAAGAGGAUGAUAAGUUUGGUAGAUAUUUGAUUACGAACCGAAACUUGUGCGCAGGCGAUUUGGUGGUAAUAGAAAAACCGUUCUCGUUUUUGCUUGCCGCAAAGUUACGUUAUCUUAAUUGUGAUUUUUGUCAGAAGGACAGAUUUCUGACCCUAAUUCCAUGCUCUCAUUGCACCGUUACAAUGUUUUGUUCGGAGAUUUGCCGCCAGAAAGCUCAGCAAGGCUAUCAUCGAAUCGAGUGCCCCGGGAUUAGAAAUAUGCAGCAAUUAUUUACAAAAGUAAUUCUAAUGGCUAUGAGAACCACCACAACAGCCAUUGCUACAUUCAAUUUUGACUUGAAUGAAAUGCAAAAACACCUUCAGUCUAUCGAAAAUCUCUCUGUUAAUCCAUUUCAACUUGACUGGAACACUAUCAGUGCCAAAGAAAUCUACAAUACAAUCCAUAAGUUGGCUACCAACCAGAAUUUACGUACUGCUAGUGACUUGACUCAACGAUCAGUCUAUGCAAUCAUUCUAAGUGAUAUAUUGUUGAAUAAAAGUCCAUUAAAACAUAUAUGCGGCAGUAACGAAUCUCAUUCAGAUUUGAUAAGAAACCUCUUGUUUCACCAUGCUCAAACUGCACCCGUUAAUAUGCAUUCGAUGAUGUAUAUGGACUAUUGCCCAGAAGAAAAUGAACAGUUUCAGCAAGCGCCCCUAGGAUGCGGGUCUUUUCCCAUACUAAGUAACAUUAAUCACUCCUGUGCGCCAAAUUUAGUCAGAAUUACACUGCCCAACGGUCAUGUAGCAGCGUUAAUUAAUAGACCAAUCAAAAAAGGAGAUCAACUAUACGAUAACUAUGGUUAUCAUCACUGUCUAGAAACACUGUCGGAGCGACAAAUCGGCCUUCGUGGGCAAUACUGCUUCCGCUGCCAAUGUGAAGCCUGCAAAAAUAAUUACCCGUUGUAUUACGAUUUGGGGCACGCAAAUUUACCGCCUUUCGUAAAAAAUCCAAUCAUUAAUGACGAACUAGAUGGACUUAGGAAACAUGAUAUAAAAACAGCAUUGAAGAAAAUUCCAGACUACUGCCAAUUUUUGAACGCGUUCGAUGAUCAAUAUCCUAACUACGAGCUAAGCUCCGUUCAGGAGGCAUUACUUCGUUGUUUUCAAAUUGUUUAUGCGUGCCAGACUCGUAAGCUCAAAUACAAGAAAGUAUGUAGCCUCUGAAUAAUAUGAAAUUUUAAGAAAACCUUAUUUUAAAACCAGAGAAAAAAGUUUUAUUUUAAUAUUGACGUUGAAAACUCAAUUUAUUUAGGUAUAAAACUUCUAACACACCUCAAAUCUUAAAUCUCAACUAAAUUAUAACAACAAAGUAACAAUCCGACCAAUAUUUUCUAGCGUUAAGUUUUGUUCGUGCUGUGUAGCAUCUCCUUCAACAAUUUAUACUUUAGAAUAUUUCAUUGGAAUUUCAGUAAACAAUGCAACAUGUAUUAAAUAAGCGUAUAUUUAUAUACCUAAUAUUACUUUUAAAACUUGUUUGUUUACCGCUUG